UGGUAUGAAAAGAUGGAAUAUGAUGACCAACUGAAGAAAACCUCCGUGGGUCUUGCAAAAGUGUCCUGUUUUAAUGUAAAGGAACAUCUGAAGACAGAAAUGUGCUCUCCCAGCAACAUCACGGAAGAUGGAUUUAUAAAGGCAUUCCAGUACGUGUUGCACAUCCCUACUUUCAGCCUGGGACUGAUCAUCAAUUCAGUAGCACUCUGGAUACUCCACUUCAGGUUGAAGAAUUGGACAGAGAGUGUGAUCUAUAUGACAAACCUGAUAUUGUCUGAUAUCCUGGUGCUUUUCUCUCUGCCUUUCAAAAUGCACGCCUACCAGAAGGAAGAAGCCUGGCUCCUCGGUACACGCUUCUGUCAGUUUGUGGAAUCCCUCUACUUUGUCAACACCUAUGGGAGCAUCCUAUUAAUCAUGCUGAUAUCUCUGGAUCGUUACAUUGCUAUGAAGCACCCCUUUCUGGCCAGAACCCUCAGAUCCCCAAAGAAAGCAAUGAUUGCCUGCACUGUUCUGUGGCUCGGUGUCUGGUCUGCAAGUAUUCCAAAUUACUUGCAAAUAGAAAACGGUCAACACUGCUUUAAGGAUUUUGCAGAGUUUUGGCACCCUGGCAUAAUUCCUCUGAGUAUGAUCAUUGUAUUUUUAGUUGCUGCAUCUGUUGUGAUUUUCUGCAGUGCUCAAAUUAUAAGAACACUGCAAAGAAUAGAUGAAGAGCAGGAUGACAUCGACACCAAGACAUCAAGGAAAGUAAUCUCUUCCAAUUUGGUCACCUUCCUUCUCUGCUUUACUCCGUAUCAUCUAGCUCUUUUCCUGUACCUUUUGGCAAGAAAUUCCUUCAUUCAAAAAUUUGACCUUAAGUCACUGAGGGUGUUUCUCCAGAUUUGCCAGUGCUUUGCAACAACAAACUGUUGUCUGGAUGCAAUGUAUUUCUAUUUGAUCAUUAAGAAGUUCUGGAAAUCAAAAAAUGAAGAGCUAAAAUGAAAUUUUUUCCAUCAUUUGUGGUUAGCUUUAAGAAUUCAAUUUAUCUUUAACUCAGUUAUUUGAAAACUUGUUGAUUAUCUGCUCGCAUUAGUAGUAUGAAGGAAAAUAUGUAGUAAAAGCUUCUUAAUUUCUUCAAUUCUAUUAUGAAAUAUAGUCCGUCGUACAUGUCCUGAUGACACCAUGUCAAUAAGAUGGUGUUCAAAUGGGGAGGAAAUUGGAUAAUGAUAUU